AAAAAAUAAAUAAAAAAGUAAAUAGAACUACGCAUUUAUUUAUCACCAAAAAAAAAGGUAUAAGUAUAUAAAAAUAUACAACAACCAACACAAAUCGAUCGCUCUCUCUAUCGUGUUUUGUUUCGCAUUCUCCAAGAGAGUAUGGUGCACUUGCCUCCGAACCGGCGAUUACUCACGCAGACAUUUGGCAAAAUUAACUAAAUCUCUGGAGAGCAUUUGAAAAACUCUCCAUUUAUUUACCUUAAAACAUAUUGAGAGCCAAAGGCAUAUACUCACAUACUCUUUAACUACAAGUAUGUGUGCGUGUAACAAUAACAUUUCGUAUACCUCAGCACGCCGGCAGACGGACAGUAUGUGACUAAAAGUCAUGUCUUUUGGUUGUGAUUUGAUUAGUGUUGAGCUAGUACAAGUUUCGAAUUUGUUAGCAAUCCGAAAAUUGAGAACCACUUACCUGACAAAUUGGCUAAAAUAAGCAGUGUAAAUAAUACUUUUUAAGAUUGUGCUGUCUGGUUGUUGUAACUUAAUAAAUCGCCAAAAAUUAUUGGCUAGUUGCGAUUUAACUAAUCGCAUAUAGUGUUUGAUUUGUGGGCUCAGUUGUUUGCUGCACGAUGAGCAGUAAGGGUGAAAUCAGACGACGUGUGAUGACGCCUAAUCCCAAUACGCACACCACCGAUCCGUUGCUGCAGCAGCGCAGCGAGACAUUUCGAACCCGAAAUUGCUGGCAACGUCUCUUCGUUGAUCAUGGUAAAAUCAAAUGGUACUGGGCACCAAUCUUCCUCAGCUUUUGGGUGCUACUCUACUUUUGCAUAUCCAUACCCGCCUACCAUCGAUUACCCAAACCGAUUAAUAUUGCGGAUGAAUCCCGUUAUCCUGAUCGUUUUAUAGCGGAGAGAGCAGAACAAAAUUUGAAAAAACUGACUGAAUUAGGUCCCCGUGUGGUGGGUAGCAAGGCGAAUGAGGAAGGUGCUAUCAAAUAUUUUCAAAAUUACGUAACAAAACUGAAAGCUGAAGCUAAUCCCAUAUACGAAAUUGAAAGUGAUAUACAGUUAGCUUCUGGUAGCUAUUGUCACUGGAAUAUGGUGAAUAUGUAUCAAGGUAUACAGAACUUUGUUAUUAAAAUUGCGCCGAAAGAGUCGAAUAGCACUUCGUAUUUGUUGGUGAAUAGCCAUUAUGAUUCGGUGCCGCAUGGAACAGGUGCUGGCGAUGACGGCACAAUGGUUGCUAUUAUGUUGGAGACAAUACGCGUUUUAUCGAAAUCGGAUAAGCCGCUGCGUAAUCCUGUUGUCUUCCUUUUCAAUGGCGCUGAAGAGAAUCCACUACAGGCCUCACACGCUUUCAUUACACAACACAAAUGGGCCAAAUAUGUCAAAGCUUUAAUAAAUUUGGACUCAGCUGGCAACGGUGGACGCGAAAUUCUUUUCCAAUCUGGCCCUAAUCACCCUUGGUUGAUGAAGCAUUAUCGACGCGCCAUUAUGCAUCCGUAUGCGUCGACAGUGGCGGAAGAAAUGUUCCAACGGCAGUUUAUACCGUCGGACACGGAUUUUAGAAUUUUUAGAGAUCACGGGCGUAUAGUGGGUUUGGAUAUGGCACAUCAAUAUAACGGCUAUGUCUAUCACACACGCUACGAUGUUUCGGCGAUCGUACCACGUGGUACCUUCCAAAAUACAGGUGAUAAUGUACUAGCGUUAGUGCGAGAACUUUCCAAUGCGCCUGAGUUGGAGGAUCCCUCACACGAUUCCGAAGGCCAUACCAUCUUCUACGAUGUGCUCGGCCGUUAUUUGGUCUUCUAUACGCAAACUGAGGGUGUCAUUUUAAAUGUAUUCAUUUCCAUAGUCGCGAUCAGUAUAUGCACCUACUCGUUCAAACAAAUGGCAAAUAGUACGGGUACUAAAUUCGGUAGCGUCUUAAAUCGUGCUCUCACUUUACUCGGCGUACAAGUACUCGCUGUGAUCAGCGGUACAGCGCUCUGCUUCUCGGUCGGUGUAUUCAUGGAUCUAGUACAUAUGCCGAUGUCUUGGUUUACCAACUCUUGGCUCAUUAUGGGUUUGUACUUUUGUCCGCUGUUCUUCGGUUACGCCAUAGUGCCAGCAUUAUAUUUCCAUUCGCAACGGAAGGAGCGGUUCCCACUUGGUUAUCGUAUUCAAAUAUUGCUGCACUGCCACUGUCUCUUCCUGACUUUCGUUAUACUGAUCGCCUCUAUUGCCGGUAUACGCUCCGCUUUUAUGCUUAUGAUCGCGGUGCUCUUUUAUUCAAUCGGUUUAAUCAUCAAUUUAUGUACCAAAUUACAUAACAGCUCAUUACUAUGGCUGAUACCACAUAUCCUCUGUAAUAUUCCACCAUUCCUUUUCUACGCCUACCAGGCACAUGGUUUCUUUGUCGCCUUCAUUCCAAUGACCGGUCGCUUCGGCGCCAGUGUAAAUCCCGAUCUGAUCAUAUGCGCAUUUACAGUGAGUAUGGGUUUACUCACCGGCGGUUUUAUGAUUCCAGUACUCAACCUGUUCCACAAGUCCAAAACUAUAAUUUGCUCACUACUCACAUUUACUGUGCUCUUUAUAAUACUCGCAGUGACACCCAUCGGUUUUCCGUACCGUCCAGAGACUAAUAUACAGCGCUUUUCAGUAUUGCACACCCGUCGCGUCUUCCAUGAUCAAACGAAUGCUGUACGUCGCAUAGAGACAGGCUACUUCCUUUUACCGCAAGAUCGACGCACUUAUUCUGUUAAGAAUCACUUACUCAACAUGUCUUCGGCACAAACACUCGACAAGGAUUGCGCCGAGGAGAUGCUGUGCGGUUUACCGCUCUACAACCAUCGCUGGCAUAAAGCGCGCGCCUCAAGUGUUUGGAUCCCUGGCCCUGAUCCCAAAUUUGACAAAGAGCCACAGUUGAACUUGAUUUUAAAGGAUCAAUUAAGUAAAACUUCUAUACGCUAUGUACUAGAGUUAAGUGGUCCCGAUCACAUGGGCAUCUUUAUAAAUCCUUUGAAAGAUCGCAAGAUCAAAGCCUGGUCAUUCCAUUACACGCCAUUGCGUUUGGAUUGGGAGCCACCAUACUUCAUAUAUUUCUCAUACGGCAAGGAUAGUACUCCAUUGAAAUUCACACUUGAAUUUGAGAAUCCCACGGAGGACUGGAGCUCAGCUAUAUUUGAGAUUGGCAUCGCUGGCCAUUGGAAUCAUGAUGAGCGCACUCAUACUCCAGACUUUAAGAAAUUUCUGCAGAGCUUCCCCAAGUAUGUGGAUGCGAUAGCAUGGCCAGCAUAUUAUGAGACACGACUGUUCUAAGUUCAACAUAUAAUUUUAAUGUUCCAACUUAAUAUUGACUUAAGAAAAAAGUUCUUAGAGGAAAUUCUGAAACUAUUCUUUUUUUAAUUUAUUUCUACCGUGCAAAUUUGUAGAACAACAAAAAAAAAAUUAUAAAUAAAUAUAAAUAAUUUUUUAUAAUAAACCAGUGAAAAUUUUCAAA